AUGACAGAGACGGUGAUAGAUAGGAUUUCGGAGGCUAGAGGAGUUGAUUCAUUAGUAUGUGUUGGAGUUGCAAUUAGUGAUGCUAAUCAUAUUGAAGCUGUGUUGAAUGGUUUGCUCAAGGAAUAUACCUCUUUUAUCACAAUAAUCACGGCAAGAUCCAAGUCUGUGUCCAUAGAAAAAUUAGAAGCUUUGCUAAUAGCACAUGAGGAGUUGUUAGAAAAGUGCAAGAAACCAAAUAAUCUUGUGCAAGCACACCUGGCUUACAUUCAAUCAAACUUCUAUCACUCAACAGGUGGUUUUAAUGGAAGAAAAUGUGUCUUUCGUGGCAGAGAUGGUAUAAUUGGCUAUGGUAAUGGAAGAGCUGAAGUUCCGUCACAUUCGUACAAUCUUAGCGUAAAUUUGUCAUACACAAAUAUCUUGGUUCAGAAUGUUGCUGAAUUUGCUACUCCAACAACGCUGCAAGAUCCAGAUUGGUUUCCAAAUUCAAGAGUCACGCACCACAUGACUGCCAAUGCUCACAACUUUGGAAAGAGUCACCAUCGGCAAUGGUUCAGAUUUUCAAAGAGGUCAUACUCCAAGGAACAGUUGAUAAAGGAGAUGAUGUUGUUGCUGCCUUACUAUCUUCAGUACCUAUGUCAGGAAAUAACGACUACUUGUUAUGACAUGUUCGUCUUGGGCAUCCAUCAGUUUCGCUAG